UGGGUGCAGGCGUGUGCAGUGACAGUGAAAACGUUUUGUAGUAAGAUCGGAAGUACGAGGCUUUCAAAUGGUGGUUCAAGUCAAACACAACACAAAUCAUAGCGGCAAAACAAUGGAUGGAGCGCAGCAAAAAGUGGAAGCUAACAUAUUGCUGCUUGGAGCCGAAAAUGUGGGGAAGUCAGCGCUCACUGUACGAUUUCUCACACGAAGAUUCAUCGGCGAGUACGGCGAAAUAGAAUCCAUAUACAAUCACAACGACAAAAUCGAUGGACGGGACAUUUCUUUCAACAUCUGGGAUUCGCUGUACCCACAGAACUGUGAGACUACGGAAUCGAUCACUGAAAAGCAUUUGCAAUGGGCCGACGGUUUGAUUCUGGUGUACAGCAUAUGUGACCGCUCAAGCUUUGAAGUGGUCCGGCAACAGGUGCAUCGCAUCAAGCAAGCGAAGAAGACCUCCGGAGUUUCACCCAUCAUAAUCGUUGGAAACAAGCGUGACCUCCAACACCAACGCACUGUGUCUAGUGAAGAGGGCCGGCUCCUGGCGUUGUCUGCUGACUGUGGCUUCUUUGAAAUCUCGGCUGCUGAAGCGUACCAUGGCGUUCUGCUGGUGUUCCACGAACUGUUCGACCUCAUCAGGGAGGCAAGGGCCCUUAAGAAGGGUGGCUUCAAGGGCAUCGUAAGGAGCAUGUCGGCGGUUUUUGGGAGGAAACGCACUGAGUAGUACAGCCAUACCCUACUGGUUGAGUGAUAUUGUAAGAAAUGCAUGUUUUCAAAACUGUUGUUUUGAAUUGCUAGAUGACCGAGCCUGUUGGAGGAUACCCACGUGCUGCAUCCAUGGCCCCGAGUGGAGCAUGUGAAAGGGGAUUGGUUUUAUGUAGCUUGCAAGUUUGAACUGGGGAGGUAGAGUAGUUCUAAAAUGGCUUUAAAAUGUCUACUCUCAUACCUUUUUGACAAUAGGAAAUCAUUUUGAGAAUGAAAGGCGGUCGGCAUGUUGAACUGAAAGGAAUCCUGGGCUCUGUGUGAAGAAUGUUUUUUCUU